CAUUUUCAGCAUUUUGCAACACACAAUGGCGUCCAUAUCAGAGGAGGAUCUCUCCUGUCCGGUCUGCAAUGACGUCUUUAAAGAUCCAGUUGUCCUGACAUGUAGCCACAGCUUCUGUAAAGCCUGUUUGAAGAACUGGUGGAAAGGAAAACAAACACACGAGUGUCCAGUUUGUAAGAGAAGAUCCUCAAGGAGUGAUCCUCCUCAUAACCUGGUGUUGAAGAACCUGUGUGAGAGUUUCUUAGUGAAGAGAGAUCAGAACGUUUCAGCCGGGUCUGAGACUUUCUGCCGUCUGCACUUUGAGAAACUCAGACUCUUCUGUCUGGACCAUCAGCAGCCAGUGUGUGUCGUCUGCAGAGAUUCAAAAGCACACACCAACCACAGAUUCAGACCCAUGGAUGAAGCUGCUCAGGAUCUCAGAGAGGAGCUCCAGAAAGCUCUGCAGCCCUUUCAGGAGAAGUUAAAGACUUUUGAAGAAGUUAAAGUGGAGUUUGAUCAAACAGCAGGACACAUGAAGGUCCAGGCUCAACGAACAGAGAUGCAGAUUAAGGAGCAGUUCAAGAAGCUUCACCAGUUUCUAGAAGAGGAAGAGGAGGCCAGGAUGGCUGCACUGAGGGAGGAAGAGGAGCAGAAGAGGAGGAUGAUGGAGGAGAAGAUGGAGGCUGUGAGCAGAGAGAUAGCAGCUCUUUCACACACAUUCAGAGCCACAGAGGAGGAGCUGAGAGCUGAAGACGUCUCCUUCCUGCACAGCUACAAGGCUGCAGUGGAGAGGCUGCAGCGCCCCCUGCUGGAGGAUCCACAGCUGCCCUCAGGAGCUCUGAUAGACCAGGCCAAACACCUGGGCAACCUCAGCUUUAUUAUCUGGGACAAGCUAAUGGAUUUGGUCACCUACACUCCUGUGAUUUUGGACCCAAACACUGCUGUUCCAUUACUCAUCCUGUCUGAAGAUCUGACCAGUGUGAGACGAGGAGAGAGACAGAAACUUCCUGAUAAUCCAGAGAGGUUUCAUAAAUACUACUACUCAGUCCUGGGCUCUGAGGGCUUUAACUCAGGGACUCACAGCUGGGAUGUUGAAGUUGGAGGCAGUGCAGGCUGGUUUCUUGGUGUAGCCUCAGAGUCCAUCAAAAGGAAAGGGAAAGCAGAGUCUGGAUUAUGGAGAAUAGGAUUCUCUAAUGGAAAAUACAAAAUAUUCUCCCCAUCAACAGCACCAAGUAAUCUCUCAGUGCCAACGAAGCUCCAGAGGGUCAGAGUGCAUCUAGACUGGAACAGAGGAGAGUUGUCAUUCUCUGAUAUUAAUAACAACGCACACAUACUCACCUUCACACAAACUUUCACUGAGAAGCUGUUUCCAUACUUUAGCAAUAAGGAUAAAAUCCCUAUACAGAUUCGACCAGAAGUGGAUUAGGACAAGGCUGAUGGUUGUUAUCACAAAUAUGAGAGACUAAAGAUAGAUAGAUGGAUACUUUAUUCAGCCCAAAUUGGGAUAUUAUAUAUAAUUUCCCAUAUUGUAUAUGACUCCAAAUGUCCAUCUACAUACACAUCUAAUACUUUAUGCAGAUGGUAGAACUGACACAGAUCUUUUU